CUGUGCCAUCGUCAUGCAUCUCCCCAGAUACCUGGCGGCAGCUCUGUCUGCCCUACCAGCCUGCAGCGCCCUUCCCUCGCAGCAGCCCCGGGAUUCUUCCUCGACAAUCACCGUCGAUGCCCUCAACGCCUUUGAUUUCUGGGUGCAAUAUGCAGCUGCCGCCUACUGCGAGUCCAACUACAUCGCACAGGCGGGCCAGAAGUUGGCCUGUUGGGCGGGCAAUUGUCCCCAGGUCGAGGCAGCCGAUGCGACUAUUCUGCUAGACUUCUCCAACACCACUGCAACAGAUACCGCCGGCUUUCUUGCCCUCGACCACGCGCACCAGGCCCUGAUCCUCUCCUUCCGAGGCUCGUAUUCCGUCCGAAACUGGCUAACGGACGCGACCUUCUUCUACGCCGACCCACAUCUCUGCACGGGCUGCCAGGCCGAGCUGGGUUUCUGGAGCGCCUGGACUAACGUGCGGGCGAAUGUGACCGCAGCUCUCACCCACGCUCGCGCCUCAUACCCCGACUACGAACUAGUGGUGGUGGGCCACAGCCUGGGCGCGGCCAUCGCGACCCUCGCCGCCGCCGACCUGCGCGACGAGCAAAACGAAACGGCGACCCUCUACGCCUUCGCCUCGCCGCGCGUGGCCAACCCUGCCCUGGCCAAGUACAUCACCGCUCAGGACCAGCAAAAGGGCCAGGGGAAGAACUAUCGAUUCACGCACACAAAUGACCCCGUGCCGAAUCUGCCGCUACAGCUGAUGGGGUACGCCCACAUCAGCCCCGAAUACCACAUCACCGCACCGGAUAAUGCCACCGUCACAACGAGCCAGGUCGUUGUGUAUGCGGAUGGGGAUAGCAGCCAGGGAAACACGGGGCUGCUGGGGAUCCCGGAUUUGCUGGCCUUCGAUGCGCAUCAUUGGUAUUUUGAGCGGGCGGAUGCGUGUCUGGGGCCGGGGUUGCCGUUCAAAUGAGGUAUCCUGGUGGAUGUGAUGAUAAGUUAGAGCCUAGUCUCCUUUGGUUGCAUUCUUCUCUGGACAUCUUUAAUACUUACUCACUAAUUAUUGGAGUGGAUGUAUAUAUAUCCUGUCUGUAAGAUUGCUCGGUGCUGAUUAAUCUCUCCAUACUGAAGCACCCGUGUCUAAACACUCGUGAGGCUCUGAUACUAAUCAGGGUCACAAGAGCAACCGUAGCUGACUGAACUAAAUGGCGAUGUGGUGAUUAUGGCGGGCACUAUUAGCUAGUCGGUGAUUUUUAUGCGUCAAUGGACUUGGAAUAAACAAGGUAGCAGAGCUCA